AUGUCGACUCACGGACGCGGUUGCGGGCGAGGUAGAGGUAGGAUAGGCACCGUUACUCCUGGCCCGGCAGGGAAUGAUCCAGUAGACUUCAUGGCUGCCCUGGGAAAUAUGGCUGCGGCUAUGCAGGCGACAGCCGAGGCACUGGGUAAUCAGAUAAACCAGGGUAAUCACAGAAACAAUAAUGAUGAGGACGGUCCCAUGACACUUGCUACAUUUUUGAAAGUUCACCCUCCGACCUUCAGGGGAACCUCAAAUCCCACUGAUGCAGACAAUUGGAUUCAAGCUAUGGAACAGGCACCACAGGCUCAGCAGGUUCCUAAGGAGCAAUGGGUUGAGUUUGGAACUUAUCAGUUGCAGUCCAGAAAUGCCAAGGAACUUGAACUGAUGCAGUUAAAGCAGGGACAGAUGACUGUUACUGAGUAUACUAGUAGGUUUGAGGUGUUAUGUCACUUUUCUCGUAUCUGUCAAGGUGCGCCUGAAGAUUUUGCUGAGUGGAAAUGUAUUAAGUAUGAAGGAGGUCUUCGAAGUGAUAUUCUGAGCUUCGUUGCACCAAUGGAGAUCAGAGUGUUUUCGGAACUGGUAAACAAAAGUAGAGUUGCUGAGGAUUGUCUGAGAAAGGCGACAUCAGAUAAGAAAAAGAAGAAGAAUCAAGAAGCUGGAAAGGCACAACAUCAGGGACGCAUGUUCACUAUGACAGCGGAUGGUGCUGGAAGCGCAGAUACUUCGAUUAGAGAAUGGCUUCCAGGAGAAAGGGGACACAUGCUUCAGCUAGAGAAUCAGUGCCUGCAAGAGGUUGAAACCUUGCAAAGGUUAUGCCGCUGGAAUGCCUUAUCUGACUUGCGAGUCAGAUUGCGUCGAUUGCGAGUCGAAACUGACAAAUGA